AAUAAUUUAAUCGAAUAACGUAAUUAAUUAAUUAUAUAAAAUAAAUGAAACUUAUUAAGUCUAACGAAUAAAUUGCACAAUCGUACCGCCAACAGUUUGAAAUAGAAAUUCCAUAGAUCGCUUGUCAUUUGUUUAUUAUAUGGUCUUUUUCGUCAUUUUAAUCUAUUAUUGUGUUUUUGGCGCAUGCGUUUUUGCUUUUCGGUAAAUCAUCCGCCAUUCAUAAGAUUUCUAUUCGUUGAUAUUAAUGGUUUGUAUUUAUACAAAAUUUUAAUCAUUCAAUACUCUUCGAAUUGUGAUAAUAAACUGAUACAUGUCUAUCAAUAAAUCUAUUUGAUAUGAGUUUAUGGUUACUGAGUCGAUGACCGAUAAUUAAAGAUGAGUCUUAGGUAAUUACUUAGUUAGUAGAGUUAUUUGAUAAAGAAUCUCAAAAUGGGAGCAUUCUUAGACAAGCCAAAUACUGAAAAGUACAAUGAGCAUGGCUCAGGGAAUGGAUUACGAUAUGGAGUUGCCUCAAUGCAAGGAUGGAGAAUAGAAAUGGAGGAUGCCCAUUAUGCUAAAACUGGCUUAGAUGGAGGUCUUAGAGACUGGUCAUAUUUUGCAGUUUUUGAUGGCCAUGCUGGUGCAAAAGUGUCUGCCCAUUGUUCCGAGAAUCUACUGGAAUGUAUAAUGCAAACUGAAGAAUUUAGGCAUGAUGAUGUCAUAAAAGGCAUACAUUCAGGAUUUCUUAAACUGGACGACAAAAUGCGUGAAAUCCCUGAACUAUCAUCCGGGGUAGAUAAAUCUGGUUCCACAGCAGUUUGUGCAUUUAUUUCACCUAAACAAAUUUAUGUUGGCAAUUGCGGAGACUCCAGAGCCGUUUUGAGUAGGGAUGGAGUCCCUGUAUUUUAUACGAUGGAUCACAAACCAGUUUUGCCAGGAGAAAAAGAUAGAAUUCAAAAAGCUGGAGGGUCUGUAAUGAUUCAAAGAGUUAAUGGAAGUUUAGCGGUGAGCAGAGCUCUUGGAGAUUAUGAUUAUAAAAAUGUCGAAGGUAGAGGCCAGUGUGAACAAUUAGUAUCUCCUGAACCUGAAAUCUUUGUGAGAGAACGAGAUGAUACAUCUGAUGAGUUUUUAGUACUGGCUUGUGAUGGUGUUUGGGAUGUCAUGAGUAACGAAGCUUUAUGUAGUUAUAUUCACUCCAGAUUAAAAAUUACCGAUGAUCUUGAAUCAAUUACAAAUCAGGUCAUUGAUACCUGUUUAUAUAAGGGAAGCCGGGAUAAUAUGAGCAUUGUUCUUGUUGUUUUUCCUGGUGCACCAACUCCCUGUCCUGAAGCUAUUCAAGCAGAGGCUGAGCUCGAUGAACAAAUUCGAAGAAGAAUAACAGAAGUUGUAGAGCAUUUAGAUAACAAAGAAUUUCAAAAUGUUUUACCAAUGUUAUCAGAAGAAGAAUUUCAAGGUCUACCACCUGGUGGAGGUUUGGAUGCAAAGAGGCCUUUUAUUGAAGAGGUUUUUAAGGAACUUUGUCCAGAACAGGCAGAGAGUGAAACAGAGCACAGUGGAUUUUUAAGAUCACCUCAACUUUUAAGAAAAACAGAAAAUAAUUAAAACCAAAUGUUGUGUUCAAUUUUUACUAGCAACAUUUAUAAAGAAUCUGAAUUUUUAACAGUAUUUUAAAAAAUAGUUU